AUGUCUUCUCAAAAACAGCACUAUUGUAAUUUGGAUAUUGUUAAUGACAGACUAAUUUAUCGUUAUGUUAUUGCCUUCAUAUGGUUUCGUGCACUGUUUCGAAUUUAUUUAAUGAUGAGGCAAAUGCGCACGUACCGAACAGCUGUAGAAAUUCCUGCACCAUUUGCAGCAGUUCUUGACAACGACAUUUAUGAAAUAAUGCGUCAACAGAGUAUCAGACGUGCGGUAUACUUGGUUGCUAAGGAUAUGUAUACUAGCGCCUUGUGGACUGCAAUUAUACAAUUUGGAUGGAUGGCUGGACUAUUUGAGAUAUCUGAAAUAAUUACAAAAACACCACCAACCAAAUCAGAUGAUUCAAUAUUUGUAAAUCUUUUCUUCAUUUUCCUCAACGAUUUGAUUUUAAGCAUUCUUGGAUGUCCAUUGCUAUAUUACAAAGCGUUGUUAUUGGAUCGAGAUCAUGACUUCAACGAAAGGCCUUUACCGUCUUACAUAUGGGAUCAGUUGCGUUCGUUUCUAAUAAAUCAAUUUAUAUUUUUACCGGUGUGUUCCACUGCACUGUAUAUAAUUCAAAUGGAGGGUUCAUAUGUAUUUAUUUGGCUGUGGCUGUUAAUUGGAUCGACAACAUUGUUCAUAUCUAUAGUGUCUCCAUCAUAUAUCGAUCCAAUGCUCGAUCCUUACAAGCCCCUUCCUCCAUCUGAUCUACGUAAUUCUAUAGAACAAAUGGCAGCAAAAUAUGACUUUCCGCUAGUUGAAGUUUAUAUAGAAAAAGGUGAUGGCGUAAGCACCGGUCACGGCAGAGCUCUCCUAACAGGAGUAUGGGAGUACAAUAAAAUCGUUUUGUACAAUACUAAAAGGAAUGCACCAGAGGGCGUUGGUUGUACAGAUGAAGAAUUACUAGCAAUGGUUUGUCACGAGCUUGGACAUUGGAAACUAAAUCAUAGUAGCGGUAAUAUAUUACUUCCUCAACUUGCAGUUUUAUGCCAAGUUUGUGUAUUUGCUGCUAUGUUUCGUCAUGGGCCUUUAUAUAUUGCUGUAGGAUUUCCUCCAGGACGAAGACCUAUAAUGGUGGGGUAUGUCGCUAUUAUGGAAUUGGUGAUGGCGCCAAUAAAUGCGCUGAUACAAUUUUUGUUUAAUAUGCGUUCCAGGCGAAUGGAGUUCGAAGCAGAUCAAUUUGUGAAGGCCGAAGGAUACGAAAUUGCUUUAAAAACAUCUUUGAUUAAAAUUCAACAAGACAUGUUAUUUUUUCCAGUGAAUGAUUGGUUAUUUUCUGUUUGGUAUUUUACUCAUCCUACUAUAUUACAACGUAUAGAAAAUCUCUCCAGCACUGGUUAA